AUGCCAGGUCUGGGGGGUCCUGGGGGGUCAUUGGGGAUUGGGGAUUGGGGAUCCAACAACGGGGCACUGCCCCCCGACCUCAGCUACGUCGUCAAUGCCAGGCACGGAGGGGAGGAUUACGUGUUCUCGCUGCUGACGGGGUACUGUGACCCCCCCGCGGGGGUGUCGGUGCGGGAGGGGCUGCACUACAACCCCUACUUCCCGGGGCAGGCCAUCGGCAUGGCCCCGCCCAUCUACGACGAGGUGCUCGAGUUCGACGACGGGACCCCCGCCACCAUGUCCCAGAUCGCCAAGGACGUCUGCACCUUCCUGCGCUGGGCGGCCGAGCCCGAGCACGACCACCGCAAACGCAUGGGGCUCAAGAUGCUGCUGAUGUCGGGGCUGCUGGUGCCCCUGGUGUACUACAUGAAGCGGCACAAGUGGUCGGUGCUCAAGAGCAGGAAGAUGGUCUAUCGGCCCCCCAAGUAGGGGGGGCUCCAUCGGCCCCCACCCCCCCAAACAGGGGGCAGGGGGCCCCCCUCGGUGUGCCAGCCCCCCCGAGCGGGGGGUGAAGAGCGAGGGGGGUCUGUUGGCCCCCCAGGGAGGGGUGGGGGGGGGUCUCCCCAUCCCCACCGUGUAUUUAAAGCCGAGCCCCGGCCCCGGGGGGCUCCAGGCACGGGAAUAAAGGCUCGGGGUUCCACGGGAAA